CCCUUUUAUCUUCACAUACUUUAGUGAGUACGUAUUAUCAAAAGAUGAAGACACAGAAAAUGAAGAUAAUGGAGUCGAUAGAUUCUAGUCUUUCAAUUGAUGGCACAGAAAAUGAAGAACAAGAUUCCUUGAUAGCUGACAAGAAGCUUCCCUUAGUUUCAAGCUGCUACAUCUACCGAGUGCCACCAAAACUUCGGAAAGUGAAUGAAGACGCCUACACUCCGGCCUUGGUUUCCAUUGGCCCAUUUCACCACAGAGACGAAAGAUUGGAAUCAACGAAGGAGCUCAAAUUGCAGUACCUGCACAAAUUUAUGGAGCGGACGCACGAGAAUUCAGUCGAGUAUAUUGAAAAAUUGAGAGCUUGGGAAGGCAAGAUUCGAUGCUGUUAUUCGGAGACCAUAGCAAUGGAAAGCGAUGAAUUUGUGAACAUGAUUCUAACCGAUGCUUGCUUCAUCAUUGAGUUCUUUCUUGAGUUUAAGCAUCCAUUAGAUAAAGACCCUUUGGCUGCAAAACCAUGGCGUAGAUGGUAUAUAAUGCUAGAUUUGAUUUUACUUGAAAACCAGUUACCAUUUUUUGUUCUUGAGGGCCUAUUCAAACUAGCUUUUCCCAGUGGCUUCGGCUUUAAAAGGCUUUCGUUUGUUAAGCUUGCAUACAAGAAUUUCAGGACAUCAGAGUUGCUGUGCUAUGCAGGUGCCAAGAAAGCUCGACUCCAUCUUACCUUCGAGCAUUUUGAACAACAAUACCUUACAUGUUCUGAAGUCUAUCACCUGAAUGACAUUCUAAGGAUGUUUUACUUGCCGCAUAAAUUAAAAAAAGGUGAACAAAGCCAAUCACCACCAGUGAAGCUUAUAUGUAGUGCCAGUCAACUACGUGAAGCAGGGAUUAAAUUUAAGGCUAAAAAUCACCAUGGUAUGGCAGAUGUGCACUAUGAUGAUGGGGAGCUGAAAAUACCAUGUUUCACGAUAACUGAUUGGACUGAGACUAUGAUCAGAAAUGUGAUUGCAUUUGAGCAGUGUCACCAUCCAUAUGAAAGCUACGUGACUGAUAACAUAGUCUUCUGGGAUCAUCUUAUAGACACUGAGAAAGAUGUUGAAUUGCUUGUUCAGAAGAAAAUCAUAAAGAACUUUCUGAGUGAUAAUAACGCGGUGGCUUUCAUGGUUAAUGGUCUCUGCAGGAAUUUUGUCCCAAUAAGUUCAAAUCAUGAUUAUGUCAAACUGUGUGAAGACUUGAACGACUUUUAUGAUAAACGUACUAACAAGUAUAAAGCAAUCUUUAGGCAUGAAUACUUGAGGACCCCAUGGAAGAUAGCAUCUUUAGUUGCUGCAAUUCUGCUGCUCUUCCUCACCUUAAUCCAGGCAGUCUGUUCUGUCAUCGCCUUAUUUCAGAAGUAG